AUGCAGAGUAACCAGACGAUUACAGAUGUAGAGACUAGUAAGAAUAAGACCGAGGAAAAGGGGAAGAGUGAAAUUCAAGGGAUUCGGGAGGAGAUACGGGAAAGUUUUGGUUUAUUGGAAGAGUUAGUAAUGCGUGAUGGAGAGGUUAAGGAAAGGGAAGUUUUAGGGAGUUUAGAACGACUGGGGGAGUUAUUGGGUCGAGUGGGGAAGAUUGAGUCAGUUUCAGAGUAUAAUAUAGUAGAAAGACAUGCAUUAGGUGCUUUAAUUGUCCGGGGGAUACUUUUAGCUAAGAUGGCUGGUCAAGGGAGUACGGGGGAGGGAGUGAUUAGUACGGCGAUAGAGAGGAUUGAGUCUAAGUAUAAUUGGGAUAUGUUAUCAAGGAAUUUAAAAGUAUGUGCGGGUGAGUUAGAUAGGGGUAAAGGUAUUUUACUGGAGAGUCUUUUCUUGCAUAUCUUACAGAUAGGAAGUGGAUCAUUAUUACGUAAGGUAGAAGUAGCUCGGAUAAUAGGAUUAAAAGCUAGGGCUAAGGCUAGAUUAAUUGGACGGAUGGAUCGGAUUACGACUUAUAUCUUACGGACGGUAGAAGCUAUUAUUGAUCAGAGUAUUGAGACGAUGAUUCCUAUUAGUCGGCAGACGGCUUAUGAGAAGAUUUGUGAGAUAGUAGAAGGAAUUAUUGCGACUAAUAAUAAGGCAUUCUUAGUACAGUUGAUAUUUGCUAAUAUGUACACUUCUCAGGAGAUGUACAAGAAUGCGUUGUUGAAUCCGAAGAAUAUUUUGGUCCGCUUAUCAGGCCAUGAAGAUAGUGAGAAAUCGGGUGAAGAACGUGAGAAGAGUUAUGCGUUGUACAAGUUAGUUUUAAAGGUAGUAGUGAAGUACUUGCGGAUGCGUAAGGCGGAAGAACCUCAAAUUGCUGGGAAGAGUAUCUUGGAAGAGAUCUUUGAUGAAGAUGAGGUAGAGAUGAUGGUUAAGUUGGUGGAGAAAGAGAUGCCGGCUUAUAUUCAAGCGGAGAUUCUGAACAUUUUAGUGGAGGGAGAGGUGAUUUUGCAUAAGGCAGAUACAAUGGCCGUUACGCCGAGUAAUAUCUAUCCUUUAGCCCGGUAUGCCUUGCAACAUCGGGGGACGGAAGCUGUACUGGCUAAUAUUAUUAAUGCGUUGGAGUUAGAUGUGGUUGAGGCUGAGAAUGAAGAUGAGAUGGAAUUGAGUGCCCGGGAACACAAUCCGGUAUUGGUUUUGGACUUUAUUAAUGAGAUGAUGCGGCGGUACGUGGUGGAAGUAAGUGAGAAUUCUUAUCAUUUUCAGAAGUAUAUUGCGGGGCCGGUUUUGGAUGCUUACAAUACACUAGUGCAGAAUACGAGUAAUCCUUUGAUUACAACGGGUUAUUUAGCCUUACUUUCAACUCUGACUAAUUUAGAGGAGUCGGCCACUAAUCAGUCGGGAUUUGCUAGUAGUAUUCAGCGUAAUUUAGUCUUGGCUAAGAGUAUUACGGGUAUUAUUGCAACGGUUCGGCAAGUUUGUGCCUACUCGAUUCAGAAGGAGACUUUGUAUACGGAAUGUCCAAUUAGUGCCUUACCGGACGAGUUGUUGCCGGUGGUUAUGGGGCAGGGAGCUAUCUUGCAAGGGGCCCAUUCGGUCUUUAGGUUGUGUCUUUUCUUGCCGCCGGCCUUGCAAAUAACGGUGGCUUCUCGGCACUUGAUGGGUAUUCUCUUCCGGGUUUUGGCUGAGGAGGAGUCUUCUUUGAGUUGUAGUACUUUGUACUUUAUUCGGGAGUUCUUUAAGAAUAAGUCGGUGGUUCAGAAGAUCUCGAAUGCAAUUAACAGUCGGUUCUUUUAUUUGAUGGCGGCUUUGGUUUCCCUGGGAGAGUUAGAUACGGUUUUGGAUAUUCUAGCGGCUAAUCAGCGGAUUUAUCAUAGUUUCUUCCGGAACCAGGUAGUGACACCACGAUCGGUGAGUUUGUUCAAAGAAAUGGAGUCUCUUUAUGCUUUACUGGCCACUCUUAUGGUUUACUACUAUGCUGAUGACCCGAAGCUUAAGAAUGAAGCGAUUAACCGGAGUUUAGUCGGUUUGUUUGAUGAAGUCAUUCGUUCUUUGAAGUCCCAUGCGAAUAUUGUGCCGCACUUGGUUGAUACGCCGGAAUUUGGGUACUUCUUUAAGGCGGCGGCUUUACUGAGUACUGAGAUUGCUUUGAAUGUUAAGGACCUUCUUUACUUGAUUAUGAAGGCACAAAUAUCUACGGCUGAUAUUGAUCCGCGUAAACCAAAUGCUUCUCUUAUCUAUCGUAGUCCGAGUAAGAUGGUUUCUGAGUGCUUUUUCUUCUACCACUUUGUCAGUGCGGGUCUUAGUGGGGCUUUAGUUAGUGAUGAGAAGAUUGCUGGUCAUGAAAUUCUGGCCGAAGUAAACAAUCCUUUCUCAACUAAUGCUCUGAAGUAUAUUGCUUUACUGGGUCUUUCUUCGGAGAAUGCUGGUUAUAAAAGCCCGGCGGCUGAUCUCUUUGCUAAUCUGGACCUAACGGGUGUUGGUGAUAAAGAAAGACUUCUUUUUGUCAACCAGAUCUAUCGGGCUCUUUUCCUGUCCGGAUCAGUGCAAGAAGGUGGUCCGGCGAUUAGUCUGCCCUUCCCAGGCACGCCUCCACAAACGUUUAGUACGACUCCUAGCGAAACGCCUUGUACGGAAGCAUCGGCUUACUCCUAUGCUGACAUGUGUCUACGUUCGGCCAUUAAAGCCACGGAAGAAACCGGUGCUCCGCAUACUUUGCCCAUUAAUAUUGUUGCUGCCGGUACUCCUCCUCUUAUUGCUGCCUUCCUUUACACUCUUCAUGAAGCCGCGCCCAGUUCAGCGAUUAUCUUAUCUUAUAUCAAGAAAAUGCGCAAGUUUGUUCGUGAAGAUGAAUCCGUCUUCGCCCGGGUUCUUUCAACGAUUCCCACUCAAUAA